AAUGCUGUUUUGUUACUGCACUAGCAUAGCCCAGGGGUUACUUCAAUUCAAACGUGUUGAAUUCAUCCUGUAAUAGGAUCGAACCCCGGGCGCAAUCUAGUGUUUUGUUAAAGCUGCAUUUUUUAAUCACAAUUAUACGACUUUAAAUAUAAACUGUUUAUAAACGGUUUGCCAGGUACAUACAAUUUAAAAACUUCAAAUGCUGUUUAGCUUCGCAUUGUAUAGCGCAGGGUACUUCAUACUAAAGUGAAAGUAAUGUUGGGUUUUCUUCCCGUCUCGUAAUCGAACCCUGAGUGAGCGCUCAUAGUGAACUGACCUUGGCUUAAAUAAUAAAUACACAAAGCCGCAAUUUACACACUGCACAAAGUAUUGCUAUGUUGCUGUUGCGUUUCCUUUGUAUUUACACCCUUUUGACCAGCAGACGUCGUUAGCGUGCCGAGAAUCAUUUUAAACAGCUGUUGAUGUUAGAAAGCAUCUGUUUCAUUCCAUUACGAGAUGAACCUGAGCUAGUCCAUUCCGUACUUUAGAUUGAACAAGAGAAUACCCUGUUUACAAGAUGAUUAUUUAGUGGAAAUUCGGUAUAAAUUUGAUAGAAUCAUACUAAAGUUUAGUCAUACUAAACAGUAAUGCUGUUUUUAUUGAACUUCAACAAAACAGUAAAAGUACAGUCUAAACUUCAAAACAUAUCACGAAAAACACAGAGCCAGGGUUUAGGCAGGUCUUAAUGGGUUACUUUUUAAUACGUUUUACUGUAUUUGUGAAAAUAAUUUUUUGUAUCUAAUUAUUAUUCUGAAACUCGACUACUGUGUCUCCCAGUAAUGAUGUCAUUAUGUUUUCUGUGCGCAUGCGCAAAAUCUCAUGUAUGGGUUGCAGCGGUUGUAAACAAAGCGACACAGUAAACGAACCAGUCAGUAAAGGUUUGACCAAACAACAGGAAGUGAGGACAUUUGGAUUGUUAUACGGACUGUGGAUAUGAAAGGGCAACAGAAAAGUUCUGAUCCUGAUGUCAGUGUCAUUGAAGAAGGGGCAGUUGCCACUGCGGAGGACCCAUCAGCAAUCACAACUAUUCAGUCUGCUUCUACAUUCACCUCCGAGCAGCCGAUUAAAUAUCUGUUCAAGACCGAGGGAACUGGGGGGCAGGUAGGGGAGCUGUACCCUCCCACAGGGCAGGUUACAUAUCGAGUAAUACAGGUUGCGGACGGACAGCUGGAAGCGCAAGCGGACGGUGCAACGGCUGUUAGUGUAGUGACUGGGUUUCCUGCUACAACACAACCUGUUACACAGGCUGUGUUUUCUCAGUCAGAGGGUUUAGAGGGAGAUGGUACAGAAACCCAUUACACUUAUUACCCUGCUACCAUCUCAGAUGCUGCAACGGGCACUAUGGUGACCGGUGUUCAGGCCUCAGAUGCUCUGCUCAGUCACAGUGCACCUGGAGGUCAGUUGUAUGUUAUGAUGUCACCACAAGAGGUCCUUACUGGAGCCAACCAGAGGUCUAUUGCACCUCGUACACAACCUUACAAUGCUAAGACAGAAGGACCAAGAAAUUCAAGAGAUGAGAAAAGACGAGCACAGCACAAUGAAGUUGAGCGAAGGCGCAGAGACAAAAUUAAUAACUGGAUUGUUCAGCUUUCAAAAACAAUUCCAGACUGCACGGUGGAUUCCACAAAAACAGGGCAGAGUAAAGGUGGGAUCCUAUCAAAGGCCUGUGAUUACAUUCAAGAGCUACGACAAAGUAACAGCCGGUUAGGAGGUGAAUUGAACAACCUUGAUGGGUUGAGAAUGGAUAAUCAGUUGUUACGACAAGAGAUGGAAGAUUGGAAAUCUAAAAAUCAAAUUUUGAGGAACCAUCUUCGACAGCAUGGCAUAGUAGCAGCAGCAAAUGCAGAUCCCCAGUGAAAAGUUUUAAAGAUGUUUUUGUUAAUAAAAAAAACAACACUAGAAAUUCAUAAGAGAGAGAGCUUUGUUUUCUAAACAAUACAUAAUGCAGGACUUUUUAACCAACGAUAUUCGGUGAUGAUUCUCACUAAGUAAGGAUCUUGCCUUAUGUACAUAUUUCUUUUUUCCAGACAUUAAUGUAUUUAGGUUUGUUUUAUGUACUAUGAGAGCUUGAAGGAAUUUAUUCACUUUUGUACUUACGAUCUUUUUGGAAAAUUGUUCAUUCAAAUAUUUGUGUUUCAUGUUUUUUACUUUUGUGAAGUGAUGAUAAUUUAAUUUUUUAAAUAAUAAGCAUUUUUAGUAACUUCUUUUCAGUUGCACCUGAUACAGUGUCACAGUAGUUCCCAUAUGCCAACUACUCAAAUAAACAUACAAUGAAAUGAAGUUUCAAUAAUUGAA